AUGAAUCAACAAAAAUUUAUUGUGUCCACUACCAUAGUUUCCCUAUUGGCUUGUAUUUCAUAUAUUGUGGCCUUGACAACAGAGCAUUGGCUGGAAGCCACAGCAGUUUUAACAGAUCGUUUACAGAGUAAUGUGAGUUAUGGCCUGUUUAGCGGUUCAAUAGAGCGUCAUCAAUUGGCGUCAACUUUAAAGUUCUCAUUGACAGUUGUGUGUCAUGUCGACUUAAAUGCCUGCAUGUUUAGCUGCCAAAGGGAUGCUGAUCAUAGACUAGAUGAACUAAAGCGUGUCAUACAUGGCCAAGAUCUAGAUCCGUGUGAACAAAGGCGUUUCUAUAAAGCCAAACAAUAUCUCAACGAUACCACAGCUACCACAACUCACGCUAAUGACUUGACAAAAACCACUACCAACCACACAGAUAACCCAGCCUUUAUAUCAGCCUCACUGUACAUUUGUAGCGUAAUGUUUCUGUGUCUGGCCUUCUCUUUUGCGCUCAUGUCCUUCGUCUGCUCUGCCAUCAAUUUGAAAUGGCAUCCUGUUGAACGUAUUUUCAACAUCUUUGGUCUGUUCAUAUGGAAUGGCAUAGCCAUUGUUGGUUGCUUUUGGUCGUUGGCUUUUUGGAGUGCAAUGUUUGGCAGUCAACUGCGUUUCAAUAUCGCCAUAACGGAUACUCUACGUCAACAGUUGAAGUUUAGAUCUGAAGGAUAUGCCAGCUUAGGAUAUUCCUACUAUUUGGUUAUUGUCAUCAUGGUGUUGCACAUCAUUAAUCUUGUUUUGUUGUUUGUACGCAACUAUAGCAUUGGCAAGCAGCCGCAUCAGGUUCCACAUAAUAUUACAAUAGACGAUACAGAUGCUAGAUUGGAGUUUUAUUGACAA